ACAAGAGAUACGAAAAAGUAAUCUCUGCGCGUGAAAAAUUGAUAACAGUAACUGAAUUGAAUGGGAAAUGUAGUGCAUAAUUCAUAAGAAAAUUUAGCACGUUUAGACUUCGCUAUCGAUAUUCAUUGUCACGUCAGUAUCGAUAGGCGCGCUAGCCACGUCGUGCUACUCCUGAAGAAGAAGUAGCAAGUAGUCGAUGACGACGAUGACACUGUGUCGAUCGUGCGAUCGCAAAAUAUAACCUCUUUCUUCGCGUAAGAUGCUACUACUCUUAUCAGUGUAUCCGGAGGCAACGCUGUUUCGAGAAACCUGAUCUACGUCUAACUGCGCUCCUCCUUCUCAUACCAUAUCUCGCCUGACAUUGUUAAAACGAAUACAAUUUAUCGCAUCAUGAAAGUGACCGUGAAGAAACUACAGGGAAAAGAAUGCGUCGUUGACAUACUGCCAACAGAAACAGUGUUGGAAUUAAAACACAAAGUAAGCGACAUAUUAGGCAUUGAUGUCCCUCACCAAAGAUUGUUACUCACUGGCAAGACUUUGGCUGAUGAGAAUCCAUUGAGCUUUUAUCCAGGAAUCAAAGAUGGCAGCAAAUUAAACUUAUUGGUAAUCAAGAAAACAGAGGAAGGAUCCAGCGAGGCUAAAGCUUUGCAACAAAAGUCGGGUACUCAGUUACUCAAAUAUGAAGUCUCCAGAGUGUUGAGGCAUUACUAUACGGUAUCCGAGACAGAAUCCAUAGUCAAUGAGCUGAUAAAGGACCUGAAAAACAAAGUGAAUAAUCUUAGUUAUGAUGAUUUAGAGAGAUUAGCUACAGCGUUACUUCAGGACCAAGAGAACAUAGCUUAAGUAUCAUCUUGGAUUAUCUAAUUCCGCUUUAUUGGUCGAUCUUUGUAAUGUGAGUUUAUUUAAUUGAAGCGUCGCUUUGUAUAUUACGCCCUGCCCUUCUUACAAUCGGCAGUGUGUUUAAAAUCGCGCAAGUAUAAUGACCGAACGUUCAAAAUACCGAACGUACCUUCGCGUUUGAAAUUUCAAGAUACAACGUAUCAUUGUGUUCGUUUAUUAAAAUCAUUGUACACGUACACAUAGAAUAUAAUUAUCGUGUCGCGUAUGCGUUAUUACAUACACGCGACUAGUCGAAUGUACAGUCGGGAUUUUUCAAGGAUCAGCUAGAUCCAAUUGGCGGAAGUAUCUCGCCACCAGACAAAUGAAUAAAUUCAGCGCCCCCAGCUCCUGCGCGUCCAACUCCCUCUGAAAAAAACAGAAACGCGAGAACAGCGUGAGCACGUGAAAACUUUUGUAGAUAUGAGACAAGACUAGCUUAGAUAUAGAAGAAAAGUUCAGUCCCUUAUUUUCUCAGCCUUUUUAUAAUUCGAUGAGCGCGUUUUUAUUAUCAUCCGGACCUUUUUCUAACAACGGAGACGAGAUUGCAACAACACCGGAGCGAUUAGAAAAUUAUGCAAUAAAAGCGUUUUGUUAAUAGAA